AUGACAGUUUUAAGAGCUAUUACUUCUGGUGGCGAAGAAUCUUCUCCAACCAAGUCAGCUUCUUCCAACGGCAGCAGCAGUACUAGUAGUUGCAACACAACUAUAACCGUUUGUGGCACUCGACCCAAUGAGAAUGUAGUUUCCGCCUCCUCCUUGGUCGACCGGUUCACCAUAAGUCGUCUUCAGCGGCACAUCAGCAAUGGCUUCGUCCUCCCCCCGCCACGACCACCACCACCCAAGGACCUCCUUCUGCCUCGCUCGCCCUAUGACCACCUUGUGCUGUCCGUUAACACCCCGGCCCAUCAACUCUCUCCCCCUGCCCCCAAGUCCGCUUGUGAGACGGCCAAGCACCAGUCGGCGGCCACCAAUCGCCUGCCUUCAGCAACCGCCUUGAGCCGCAUCUACGAGGUUAUUGCCUGCCACCAUGCACGUCUUUCCCAGGCCGUGGAUACGCUCUUGCGUCGUUGGCUCAUCUCCUUGGGUCUGGUUCAAGAUCGGGUUAUUAUGCCCUGUCAGUGGAUCACGGCACAACAGAAGGAGUUUUCCGUCGAUUUCUCCACACCGGCAACAGAGGUCGCAGACAAGAGUGUGCUCUUGCUUCUUCUCAUUCAUGGUAUGGUAACACCGCCAGGCUGCUAUCACGUCUGGAUGCAGGAUGACGGUCCGUGUUUUGUGCAGGACGUAUUUGUGGGCCCCUUUACACAGAAGCCCCUCGGACGACAGAAGUUUGUCACCACGCUCUUUCCCCUGGCUCUUGGGCCGGCCAAGCAGACGGUGACUGUACGUCUGCUGCCUCCAGAAGACCACCAGAUCCGUAGGUUCUGUAUAGCUGCUAUCGUCAUUUCUGUGAAACGCCGAUCCCAGUAA